AAUGCGUGUCAUAUGACUGUGACACCCAUGGAGACAGUUACAAGGAACAAGAUUUGGUCGUGGAUUUGAAAAAGGAAAGAGACUUUCUGUACCGAAUUCAUUUUGGUACAAGAUGCCUCCGACUCUCUUUCAGAAACUUUUUAACAAGAGAAAUGCGUUUUCGUCGCCGCCCCCGAGGUGUAGCAAAGAGGACCCAGCUUUCAGCUGGCCACUUCCCCAGUUGGAGCCCAGUCAGAUCAGGCUGAUAGUGUACCAGGACUGCGAGAGGCGUGGCAGAAAUGUCCUGUUUGACUCCGCCGCCAAAAAAAGGGCUACGGAGGAAACCCCCAUUCCCAGCGCUGAGUCCCAGGUGAAGAUGUUUGGAAAAUGCUGCCAGCUUCGUCCUACAGGAGGCAGCAGCAGUUCCCUGGACAGCUCCUCUUCCUGCACCUCAGAAACCAAGGAAUCCAAGGAGCAAGGCCUCCGCUUCCAGGGUUCAAGGUGUUCAUCAGAUGUGGUUAUGCUGGGUGAAAUGAUGUUUGGCUCUGUGGCCAUGAGCUACAAAGGCUCUACACUUAAAAUCCACCAGAUCAGAUCACCACCUCAGCUGAUGCUGAGUAAAGUCUUCACCGCCAGGACGGGAGGCAGCGUGUACGGCAGCCUGAACACGUUACAGGACAGCCUGGAGUUCAUUGGACAGGACAACAACACCCUAAAGCCUGAUCAAAACACUGGGCCCAACAAUCUGCUAGGGAACAUAGGAUUUUCUCAGCUCUGCAGCCCUCGACGGGCCUUCUCUGAACAGGGCCCUCUACGCCUCAUCAAGAGCGCUUCUUUCUUUUCAGGCCACAGUCACCCUAUGGACAUGCCUGGCCGAGGGCUGUACGACGAGAGGGACAGUGGCAUCGCCAGGUCUGCUUCCUUGAGCAGCCUGUUGAUCACUCCCUUCCCAUCCCCGAGCUCGUCCUUGACCAGCAGCUGUGCGUCCAGUUACCAGCGCCGAUGGCUCCGUAGUCAAACAACCAGCCUAGAAAACGGCGUCUUCCCCCGAUGGUCGGUGGAGGAGAGCUUCAACAUGUCGGAUGAAAGCGGCGGUCCAAGUCUGGGUGUGAUUCGGAAGAAGAAGAUAGCCAUAGGUGUCAUCUUCACGCUGUCCCCCAACGCUGAGGAAAACAGCCGCUUCCAAGAUUUCUUCUUCUCUCACUUUCCACUCUUUGAAAGCCACAUGAACAAACUAAAGAGUGCAAUUGAGCAGGCCAUGAAGAUGAGUCGGCGGUCAGCUGAUGCCAGCCAGAGGGCUCUGGCUUACAGCCGAAUGGUGGAGGGACUCAACGAGUUCAGGAUGACCAUCUGUGACCUCUACACCAUGCCCCGAGUGGCCGAACCCGUCUGGUUGACUAUGAUGUCUGGAGCAUCAGAGAAGAACCAGCUCUGUGGUCAAUUCAUGAGGGAGCUUUCUCUGCUGAUGGAGCAGGCCUCCAAGAACCAAUUCCUUCCUGCAUUAUUGACAGCGAUUCUGACCAAUCAUCUGGCUUGGGUGCCCACCGUCAUGCCAAAUGGGCAGCCUCCAAUCAAGAUCUUUCUUGAAAAGCACUCCUCCCAGAGCGUCGACAUGCUGGCAAAGACGCACCCCUACAAUCCUCUCUGGGCACAGCUAGGGGACCUGUAUGGGGCCAUUGGCUCCCCAGUUCGGCUGUCAAAGACUGUAGUAGUUGGCCGCAGACAGGAGCUUGUCCAGAGACUCCUUUAUGUCCUUACCUACUUCAUUCGCUGCUCUGAGCUGCUGGAGACGCACAUGCUGGACAGUGCUGAGGACGAGGCCAUUGUCAUGCCCGGCUCUCUCAUAACUACCUCCCUUAGAAAGGGCGAGGUGGAGGAGUCGGAUUAUGUCCUGGUUACCGUCCAUAAACCCAGCGGAGACUACCUGUCCCAAGGGGCCCACAGUCAGCAGACUGAGACAGAAGACAGCAUCUAUCCAUCAGACAACAGCCUGCAGAGCAGCACAUUCACAGACAAUGAAGUGGAGCACAGUGCUGGAGAUGCGCCCAACGAGGAAGAGGAGGAUGACGAGGAUGAGGAAGACAGCAGCGAGAGCCAGGGAUCGAGGAGCAGUGUGCUUCAGGCAGGACACGGCCAGGGCACAAUUCCCAUUAACAGGACUGCAGAAGUAGCAGAAGCUAAGGAUGUGUGCAAGGAAUCUAGCAGCCGACUGUUCACAGAGGCUCGAGUGGAGACGGUGCUGCACGUCGGCUUGGCUUCCACCAGAGAGCGGGUCUGUGUGCUGGAUACAGAGACCAAGGGUGACCUGAAACCUAUUGAUCCAUCCAUCCCCACAACCCUUGGAUCAGAUCCAUCCAUACCUGCCCCCACAGAAGGUAAAAACUGUGGGUUAGAUGCUUUAAUUAAUGCAGCAUCUGGAAACCAGACCACUAAAGUGCUGGCUGCUCGGCAUUUGGGGAUGCCUUUGGAGAAGAAGCCUCCAGAUAAGAACCUGAUUGCUGGAGCAUCAGUGAUACCGGGAAACUCUGUGACAGGGCCCAUGGCUUUGACUCUACCAGAAGACGAAGAGCCAACAACAAAAGUGACUUUUCUCAUUGGAGACUCCUUGUCUCCUGAAUCAGACACAGAGAGCCGCGGAAGGAAGGUGGAGGAGGACUACAAGAAACACAUGCAGCAGCUGCAGCAGCCAUCACAGCAUCAACGAGGACAGCAUUAUCAGCAACAACCGCAGCAGCUGCAGAUGGGAGCCGAGCUAAAGACCAGCUGCACCAGAAUGUCAGAGGACCAAACCAAACAGACCAAGGCAGUUUCCACCCUGCAGCGGGUACCUAGCAAGAUCUCCCAGUGGGACCUGAACUGUAGAGAUGAUUUUGAUGUUUAUUUCAACCCUGGGGAAACUAGGACUAUAGAUAAUGUUGCCAAACAACAUGAGGCCAGUAGGAACAAGGACUCGGUGGACUUUUCAGCUGCUUCUCGCUAUCAUGAACUAGGGGAUCAUGGCUUUCACAGUAAGGCCAGGGUGCAGGGUUUGGGCCUUUGUUUAGGUCCAAGUAGUGGAGAGAUGCAGUCAUGCAGGAAGGGAGAGAGGUUGUUGGAUAUGGAGAGGAGGUGCAGGUGUGAAUCUACAGACUCUUCUGACAUCUGCGUCUGCAGGGGCUGUCCUGCUGAGCAGGACAAAGAUCUUGUGUUAUCAGUCCCCGUUCCCCAGGAUCCAAGGAGUAACAACAAAGAGGACCAAAAGCACAAAUCAGCGCCCAUCAAUGACUGGGAAAUACCACGCAACGAAAGCUCAGACAGUGCGCUGGGAGACAGUGAGAGUGAAGAGACCGAGGACUGGCAGGAGGAAGUUCUGGUGCCUUUUCCUGGGUCAAAGCUGGUGGAGAACUACUCUAAGCCAAGCAUUGCUAAUUUUGGCCGGUCUCUCUUUGGAGGCUACUGCCCCACCUAUGUGCCAGACUUUGUACUGCAUGGGAUGCCUGGUGACGAGAAGCUACGGCAGAACCUCAUGACUGAAUUAACCCAUGCAGUUCAGCAUCCAGUAUUGGAUGAGCCCAUAGCCGAGGCCGUCUGCAUUAUAGCAGACACAGACAAGUGGACAGUGCAGGUGGCGAGCAGUCAGAGACGAGCCACCGAUGUCAACAAGCUGGGGAAGGAGGUCCUGGUGUCCAGCCUGGUUUCCAGCUUAUUGCAGUCCACUCACCAGCUUUACAAACUCAACGUGUCCCCCAACUUUUGUAUAAUGCACCUUGAGGACCGUCUGCAGGAGAUCUACUUUAAGAGUAAGAUGCUUGCUGAGUAUUUGAAGGGCCAGACCAGAGUCCAUGUGAAAGAACUGGGCAUGGUUUUAGGAAUCGAGUCCAGCGACCUCCCCUUGCUAGCUGCUGUGGCCAGCACUCACUCCCCCUAUGUUGCCCAGAUCUUACUAUGAAACAGUACUGGCACUGAGGUCUCCAACAGUUUGCUUCCUGGGGAGGCCGGUCAGAGCUGUGUGGUGCCACCCCGGCCCCAGAAACGGGCCGUCCACACUCUGCUGCUGACUCUUGAUAUGGUUUCCUGACCCGCGUGUCUGUGUGGCGUGGGUCUUUAUGGACCACAGCCAGAGCUGACACUUAAACUCAUUGCGGCUAUUUCGGAGCAAUGAUGAUGUUGAACCACAGGGUGGAGUUAGAGACCACAGACCCAGAGAUGGAGCGAGGCACUGCGGAUGAAUGGAAACAUCCCUGAGAUGACCUUCUCCUGUCGUUGUUUGAAUGUUUUUAAAUAGGACUCUUUCAUUUUAGGACACAAAAGCCAAAGACUUUAAUUUUAUUUUUCAGCUGAAAAUGGAAAUCUAAGGGUGUCUAUAGUGUAAUAACAAUGGAUUUUGUUUCUUCAUCUGCUUUUUUUCCCCCUGUACAAUCUUAAACCUGGUCAUACGAAGUGAUGAAUAACAUGUUUAAAUGAAGCAGACAGAUGAUUUUAAACUUUACUUUGAGGUAAAUAUCACUUGGAAGAGAACUUUAUCAAUCUCAUGCCAAUUAAGUCUUUUUGUUUAUCAUCAGGACUUUGUUUACAGGCCAAAUUUCCCUGAGUUAGAUCAAAAGAUUUUGCUUUUUGUCAAACUACAGUGCCCACCUGACUUUUUGUUUUGUUUUUGCAAACUUGUUUUGAAACGGGGAAUUAAGUGGCUUUGACAUUCUUAUCACAGGUACAGCACUACCUCAGAUCUUCAUAUGGGCAUGUGGCUAACCAUGUACAGCCGCCCCAUAGAAAACCCUGAGGUACUUUCUAAGCUAUUUUAAUCAGAGGAAUGUCAACUGUGCAGACUCUAUGCUGUGUUCUCAUAAAAUUUUUUAAAAAAGGGAAAGGCUGUGUAAUUCCUUAAGAUGAUUGAUUCACACAAAAAAGGAAGAUAAACUUAUUUUUGCGUCAGAAUGUGAUUAAAUGGGGUCCCUUUAUACUGUGGAAAAGCUAAACCAUGCAUUAUCUGCAUCUAUUUUACAACCAAAAAAGAAAAAAUGCUGAAAUAUUUUCACACUUUUAUAGCUUUGCCACCUUUAUACGAUGUUUACGGCGUUGAUGUUUGCUGCAACGAGAGGAAUAGAGGAACACAGUAGGCCUUAUAGUGGAUAUGUAUAUAUCAGCUGACACUAUUCUCAAGCUUGUUUCUAUUACAGUUAGACUCACAAAAUACAAAACUAUAGUAGGACACGUUUUCCUUUUGUUUUCUUGGCAUUGGCAGAUUUUGGUUGUUAUGCAAUAUAAGCAGGGUGCGAUUUGUUGAGGGUAAAAAUGCAGGUUUAGAUUUUGUGGAAUCUGGGACACUCUUCUUCUUUUUUCUUUUUUCUUUUUUUUUUGAAAAUAAAUCUUGAAUUGAUGGGAAAAAUUUAACACGUUCACAAACUGCCCAAAUCAGAGAGAGCGCCACAUAUUUUCUAACUAUAGUGUACUUUUUAUCCAGCACCUUGGAGGCAGUGGGACAAUUUUUGAACUUCUGCAAAUCUCUAAGAUGAAAAUAUUGUUUGAGCUUGUUAAUGGAAGUGCAGUCUAACUGCACUCUCUGAAAGCGGCACUCUAACCCUGGGAAUUGCACAGUGUUUGUGUGUGUGUGUGUGUUUGUUCAGCCCAAAUCGCACCCUGGGUAUAACCCAAGUCUUAACGGAAAAGUGGCAUAAAUGUGUCGCAGGCUUCUGGAGAGCUCGUUUUUGCUGUUAUAAUUGAUAUAUACAUAUAUGCUUGUUACUGUAUUUGAAGAUACUCCGCUAUAUCAGCCUACUUUUUUUUUUUUUUUUUUUUUUUUUUUUUUGUACAAGCCAGCCAUUAUGUUUAAAGGGUAGGGAUUUAUAUCUCCUUUUCCCUCUUUGUAUAUGGAUAAAUUAUUUAGUUGCCCGUGUUUAAGCGUAACGGUUUGUGUAAACUGUACAUACUCAAGUUUAUUUCCAUGUAUUUGUACAGAAUGUCUUUUAAAUAAUUGUCUCCUCGAAUUUAUUCUUUUCCCAAUUUUAUGGGAACGUUGUGCAAUAAAGAUGCUGAUGAUGAAAAUUCC